UACAAUCAAGUGAUCUCAACUCAUGUCGAUGAUGCCGACCAACGGAGACGGCAUCAGCGGUGGUGUGAUUAGCUCUGGAGCCGACGCGCUCCUCGCCGUGGCCCGGCCGUUCCUCCGGGGCGACCUAGGCGCGGUUGACCCAGAGCUGCCGUCCCUGGUGUCGGUCCUGGUGGCGGCGGGCGCCGGCGAGUGCUACCACAAGCACGGCACCUUCCUGGCCCACCUCAUCGACGUCUUCCGCAUCCUCCGCCUGUGGGCCGCCCCGGACGCCGUGGCCCGCUGCGGCCUCUACCACUCCUCCUACUCCAACUCGUACGUCAACCUCGCCAUCUUCCCGCCGGACAUCAGCCGCGGCCGCGUCCGCGCCAUCGUCGGCGCCCCCGCCGAGCGGCUCGUGCACCUCUUCUGCGUCGUGCCACGCCACGCGCUCCUGCACCAAAACCUCCACCUCCGCUACGCCGACGCCGAGCUCCGCGCCCACCUCGCGCGUGCCGUGGCCGGCGAUGACGAAGGGUACUUUUCGGAGUGGCGCGUGAAGCUGAGGUCGGUGGUGCCGGCUGAAGGCGUGGUGGCGGAGCACAUCCGGACUGGGGAGCCCGUGGCGCUGUCGAGGAAGGUGCUGGCGGCAUUCGUACUGAUGACUAUUGCUGAUUUCAGCGACCAGUACACGGACUACCAGGACAAGCUGUUCGGGGGCAACGAGGAUGGGCGGUUCGAGUUCGCGGGGGACGACUGGGCCGCGCUGUGGCCCGGGACGGGAAAGCCCGGCCUGUGGAUGAGCGCCAUGUCGCGCCUCGCCACGCUCUACCGCCUCAUCGCCACCGACGAGGCGCUGCGCCUGCGCGAAGAAGACAUGGGCCGGCCCGUCAACGACGAGGACGCUGGGCUGGAGCUGGUGAUCCCGCCGGUGUUCGACCAUUGCAGCAAGGUGCUGGACCCCGGAGAGCAGGUCACGGCCAGGGACCUGUACUGGGAGGCGAUAUGCAGCGACGAAGACAUGGCGAAGAAGAAGAAUACAGUUGUGGUGGAGGAGCUGCUGCGGCGGAGCAUCGAGAAGAACCCGUACGUGGGGGAGCCGUGGCUGGUGCUUGCGCAGGUACUGCUGAACGCGGGGAGGUACGAGGAGGCGGAGGAGGAGGCGGAGCAAGGGCUGAAGCUGGUGCUGGAGUGGGGGAGCAGCUGGGACAAGAGGAUGACGUGGGAAGGGUGGGUGUCCUGGGGGAGGGUGAUGCGCGACAGGGCCAGGGACAGAGACUGGCCGCGCUCCGCAUGGGGAAUCAUCAACCUCGGACUCGUCAAGUAGGCGCUCCUGCCCGAUAUCGAUCAGCUAUCGAUAAUCCACCAUGAUCGAUCCAUACUUCCAUGAUGCAUGAUUGCCACUGGCAAGGUCAACACCUAAUAUAAGAGAAAAUAAGAGUUGGGGACCUUGCAAAUAAGGAGCUGCAACUUAGUAAUUCUGUUCUAGUAGUACUUCUUCCGUCCAACGAAGGAUGUCUCAACUUUGACUAAAUUUGAAUGCAUCUAUACACUAAGUCAUGUCUAGAUACAUUCAAAUUUUGACAAACUUGAGAUAUCUUUUGUUGAACGGAGGGAGUAUAUAAAGUUUGUUCAGUUGUUUGAUCCACGGUGUGGUCUGUAAUACUGGUAGUAAUCUGAUAAGUGCCGUGGAGAAUAUCUCUGUUUCGUAA